CAAUGACCCGAUCGUCUGUUACAAUCAUAUUAUGGCGACUACAAAAAACCCAGCUGAACAAGUAUUUGUUGUCGGGGUAGGAAUGACAAAGUGAGAAAUCAGUACAGAUUAAAAACUUUCGUGAGCUUGAGUCUUUUUUUCAGUGUGUAUUGCAAUUUAAAAUUUUAAACUCAUUUUAGGCUUAAUAAUUAAGCUUAUUGUAUUAAAUUGUUGUUCUUCUUUUUAAGGUUUGAGAAGCCACUUACCAAGAAAUGGGACUAUCCAGGUAUACGUAUAAUUCUAAAAUUGAUUUUAAAAUAGUGAUAUUAUACCUGAGUCAUGCCAGUUUUGUUCUAGCGGAAGGUCAGUAAAAGGGACAACAUUUCCUAAGAUAUCCCAGCAUUUUACCGUGGUCAUAACUGUCGUCUGAUUAUUAGAAAACCUUAAGACGUCAAUAAUCAGAGGUCAUUGCAUGAGCAGAUGUACAUGCAACUUUCUUUUGUCUUUGGAUGACAAGAAAUAUUGAUUUUCCACCAAACUAUAGUCUAUGUAUGUAUGAAGGUGAGGUUUGGUGGAAAGUUUUUUCAAACAAAAAUAUUGUCUUUCCUCUCCUGUCCUGUUGCGUAAGUUCAAUAAUAAUGGACUCUGGGGGAGGAUGAUGGAUGUGUGUAUUGUUUUUACAGAUAUGGCAAGGGAGGCUGGAACAGCAGCAUUAAAAGAUGCUGGGAUUUUAUAUCAGGAUGUGGAAGCUGUUGUAGCAAGCUACUGUUAUGGUGAACCAACCUCAGGUAAAGUGCAGGUAGCUGCAAAGUUUUAGGUGAUUUUUGAUUCCUUUCUGUCGUUAUAUAUGCAAGUGUAUAUCACAUGCUUCAGUCAAACCUCCUCAAUAUGAACAACAAAGGGACAGAGAUUUGGGAUUACAGUCAGGUGUCUCAUUAUUACUGAUAGUAAAGGGACACAGCCAAGGUUUGGUAUUACAGAGGGGUUUCUUUGUUAUUGACACCAAAGAGACAUAGCCAAGUAUCUACCUUACAGAAUGACGUAACAGUGCAUAUUAUAGAGGUAUAUUAGGGAUUGUAUAAAAUAGUAUAUCUUGCAAAGUAGUCAGUUUUUCUCAAAAUCAGCCUUUUUGAAAGUUUAAAAUUCAAGACUUAGCAUGAACUCUCGCAUUAACCAGUCACAUGCCUGUUGAGUCUGUUACCCUGUUAGCAGAGGCCUUUUUUCCCUGGUAUUUGGCAGGCGGGAGGAAAAGAGACCUCUGCCAUGGGCAGAAACGGACUUUGAUGAAGCCACCGUCCAUGCUCAUGGACGGUGCUUUGCAAAAUGCAUGCUCCUUGUAAUGUUUACUAACAGUUUCUUGAGCCUGAUAAAAAAAACUUUCACGCUGUAUGUGUUCUUGUUCAACCACUUUUACAAGACUAAUUUUUGUGUGAUCGAAGUUUUAUGAUUAUAGCAGAGGCCUCUUUUCCCUGGCAUUCAUGCUGUAUUCCUUCUUGUUCACGCACUACGGUUUGUUACACAUGAAUUUGAGUGUGCUGUUUACUGUUCCUCUUAAGAGGACAGUAGGCAGCGAACUCAGAAUCCUUCAAAAUUGCUGAAAAUACCACUUCUGAGGCAAAGGUUCUGUAGGUAAGGUAACACAACAUUCAUUCAGCAUUGAACCAUGCACAUAACCAGCAAUAUACCACCUCAGAUUAAGCAAACAGUAAAUCCAGUACAUUUACUAUAAAAUUGUAAAUAUUAUACAAUUAAUCAGUUUCACAAACAGAUUGUGUACAAAUUGCAUGGGCUCUCUGUCGAAAUUGAAAUCAUCACAUUCGUUGACAAAAAAACUACAUGAAUGUAGCUAUUCAGAUCCAGUUACUUUGGAGAAAAACAGAGAAACUAAAAUCUUUAUUGAGAGCCUUAAAAGGCUUUAACAGAGCUAGGUCAUUGGUACUAUACAAACUGCAUCUGAGAUCAAAUCCUGUCAAAAACAAACCACAAUAAGCAUAAAACAGACCAGCUUCAUGACCUCCAGAUGUUAUACUCAGAACGACAAAAAUAUAAUUUUCUCAGUCAGAGUUUAGAUACUCCCAGCGCUGUACUCCAUGCACUGCAUAAGCUACGUGAAAGAAAGAACAUAAGUCACGUUUUGCACUAUCUCGAGCUUGUGAGUUGCGUUUAGCCUGUCAACACUGUGUUUCAAACUUAAUCAUGUGCUACAAUGUUCACAUGAUGAUUAGGUCUCCAAGCAACGGCGGUGCAUGCUCAACAAAGCCCGUUCCGCCUGUGACAGAGGUCCCUUUUCCUCCUGCCCACCGAAUACCAGGGAAAAGAGGCCUUUGCUAGCAGGGAACUGUUAUGCAAGAGUUAAAAAAAAAAGUUGACUCAGAGGUCAAAUAAAAGUCCUGUGCUGUAGUCUGGGACAAGUAGAUUUUCUAGCUGGGCAAGCAACUUUUAAAGCUUACUAACCCAACAAGCAUGAGUCCAGGUAAGUCAUCUUCUAACAAAAUCAUUAACUAAGACAAACAAGAAGUGGCCCUCGGGAAGCAAAAUAUAAGAGCUGCCUUGCCCAAAGGACAAGCCAGAAUUCAACUUUGUUUUUCAAGCCCUGUGACUGUUAGUUUCCCAUUCAACAAAAAGGAUCUCUUCCCAGUCUCACUCAUGUACAUUUUUGUUGUUGCUCCAAGGUAACCUUUCAUUUGAUGAGGUAAGCAGUCUAAGUACAUCUGGGAUCAAAAGAUUUGUCUGUAAUAGGUAGCUGUCUGUAUUUUAGAGGAAUGACCCCUUAUGGAGAGUUGGACAAUUCACUGUGAAACUCAGAAAGCUGUGAGCAGUCAGCACUGCAAUAUUUUAGGAAUGCACUGUGUUGCAAAGAGUCAGGUGUGAGAAAACUAACUGCAAGCUAUUUGUUUUAAUUGGCUACUUCACAAUCAAUGAUUCUUGAAAUACAGUUUUUCAGGUGAUCACCAUUUCUGACUUUGACAGUAAUAUUAAUAGGAUUUUUUUUGAAAUAUAAGAAGAUUCUCUUGUUUCAUUUGCAGGUCAACGAGCAGUUUAUGGUAUGUAGUUCUUUAAAGUUCAGUGUAUGAAUUGUACCAUGUAAGUAUUGGUAAUAAAAAAAUGUGUAACUGAUGAGGCUCCAACGUUGCUUAGCCAUUAGCCAACUUAGUGGAAGGCUGCUGAAGUAAAUCAGUUGUAGUUCAAAAAAAUAAUAAUUUCAGGUAAAAGGGUGUCAGCCUAAAUUGAAAAUUUUUUUAACCUGAAUUUAAUUUGACCUGCAUCAUAGCCAUGCUCAGUGCCUUUUGCCAGAAUGCAUUCGAUUUUCAUUUAAACAUUUGAUGUUUAAGGGUAUUGUGCAAAUGAAGCAGAAAUUAACCCUCUCACAGCUUCCUUUUUUUGAACCUCCUGGGACUGUCCCUUUUGCCCUUAAUCUUACUAAUUUGAAGGGUUACUGAAAGAAAAAGACCUCAAGGUAACCGUGAUGAACUGCUAGUUUCUCCUUUCAAAAAGCUUCAUGUUUGCUUGUAAAGAAAAGGGAGAUUUUGAUGUGAGAUCAAACAUCACUGGGCAUGUCCAGCUUGGUCUGAUAGGAUGACUGUUAACUGUUUUACAUGUAUGUUUCUUUGGAUUAACUAUUAAAUCACUAGCAUAAACUGUCCUUGUUUCAGAGCUUGGUCUGACAGGUGUCCCUGUGUUUAACACAAACAACAACUGCUCUUCUGCAUCAUCUGCCCUUAUGCUGGCUAGAUUGUUGGUUCUCAGUGGACAGUAUGAGUGUGUUUUGGCAUUGGGUAAGGUAAAAUGUAUUAGUCUAUACCAACCAAUUACAUGUAAGUCAACAGUGAUGGGAGGGAAUUUGGGCUUUCAUAAAGUAUGCUUACUUGCCUUCGUUCUGACCUCACCGUAUCACAAUCAUGGAACUCUGGCAGCCUGGUUUAUUCUUGGCAAAUCACAGUCUGUGGAGCAGACGUUUUUUUCGUGUUUUUUUUUUUUCACAGUAAGAGGUCAAACAAUGAAAUUAUUUGGGCAGGGGGUGAGAGAAAGAACGAAGAGAGAAUAAACCAGCUGUUCCUGUUUUCCUUUUUCCCUCGCACCUUCCCUCAUCAUAAACUCAUUUGACCUCUCUUUUGCUUUUGUCCAGCUUUGUCUCUUACGUUUUGUGCCGCAAACAAAAAGCACAACAACAACAACAACAAAAAACGCCUGCCGGCCACACAGGCUAGCCAUGUCUUUUUUCCCGUUUUUCCCAAGUCAGGAUUCAGUGGACUCAUUUUUUUAGUCAAUUUGAAAAGUUGUCAUUUCUGAAUAAUUAUACAAGGGACAUGUUAUAAAAUUUUCAGUCAGAAAUACAGAAUAUUCUUUGAAAUAUGUGAUAAUUAAAACUGGAGUUUUACAAAGAAUGAAUGGCAUCUUAUAUAUCAUCCGAAAUCCUAAGUGUGGACAUUUGUAAGUAUAGUCUACCUACGAGAGUGUAAGUAGUCUUGCAUCAGCAACAUGUUUUUUAAUGGUUACUUUACUUUUGUAUUGUUUAAGAAAAAAUAUCUCAUUUAGUGACAGUGUAGGGCAACUAAUCAAAAAUGUUUGAUGUGUAUGAGUUAAACUAUUUUCUGUUCAUUUUUGUUUCAAUUUGAAGGUUUUGAGAAGAUGGAGCGGGGAUUAUCGGAAAGGUUUCAUGAUCGCGCGUCUCCAGUUAAACGUCACAUGGAUCACAUGAUAGCGAUCGGUGCCACACCGGGACUGGUGAACCCACAAUUAAACACCAUGACAUCUGAUGUAAUCAAGGUAACAAUUGAAUACUGUGUUCACACUUGAGAAAAAUGAGAAUGCGGUGGAAAAAAGAAAAGGGUAGGGUCCCUCCUUCCACUCGUGCCCAUCACAUUUUCGCGCGUCUUAACACAGGUACCGCAAGCUCAUGAGUGAGAAUCGUUGUCGCAUAUUAAACAGAAAUAUCACAAAUAGCUUGUAUAGGGAUUUUAGCGAUUGCUGUGGAGGGGACUAAAAUAGUAUUAAAAAUACGGUAGAACUAAAACUGUCUUGAAUCGCUUAAAAGGGCCACAAAAAUGCUAAGAAGAAACCAUAGGAAAAAAACAACAAAAAAAAGAACCAGGCUACUGUUUUUCAUUAUUUAUUCAAAGCGGGUAUUUUUUUAGUUGAAUGACAAAACAAAAAUAUAAAAUCUUUGUUACCCUGAAAAAUCGCUCUGUCACGCUAUUUGCUAUCUUCUUAAAUUGCUAAAACGUGUCUUUGCAUCAAUUGAAUUCCAAAGAUAAUGGUCCAGUAUUGUUUUUUAAGACUAUAUUCAGGCAAGUUGUAAAGUGGCCUGAGUCACAGACGUAAUUUAAUUUCAGUUAGUAACGUCUGUAAAGCAGUUCCAAGAUCCUUGUUCUGGGUCCCCAACGGACGCAACGAAUUACCGAACUGAAGUGGGUUUCGAAUUUUCCUUCAUCCUGAUUGACAAAUAGACAAUGGCUUUUUAAAGAGCCAAUCACAGCACGUACUCAAAUCCUGGUACACAGGUGAGGGCCCGGAACAAGGAUUUCGGCGCUGUUUCGCUGACGGACCUAACCAGAAAUUAAUUUCGCCUGUGGUGCAGGCUAGUUGUAAUGCUCCCAAACAUAUAUAAUUUUUUAGUGCUCUCUGAGGAAAUUGUUUGAUAUCUUCUUCAUAACUCUACAGGAGCAUUUUGGGUUUAGGUAAAAGCAGUAAGUAACGACUUCAGCACAGAAUUGCCCUAAAACAGCAAUAUCCUGGUGACAGUCACAGCCCCUUUAAGCUCAUUUUUGUCACGUGUUUAAUACACAGCUCUUCGCAUAUGCCGCACAAGAGCACAGUACGAAAUAUGGAAGCACUUUAGAGCAGUGUGCAAAGAUUGCUUACAAGAAUCACAAGCACAGCGUACAUAACCCAUAUGCGUGCCUGAGGAAGGAGAUUCCUUUAAAAUAUAUCAGUGAAUCAAAGACCAUAUGUAAACCUAUUACACUCGCCAUGUCGGCGCCCACAGCAGAUGGGUCAGCAGCUGCUGUUGUGUGCUCAAGAGCCUUCCUGGAAUCCAGAGGAAUGCAGGUUAGCUUUCGAACUGGCCGUGAGAUCUUUAAUACCCUGGGUACCAGAGUUUUUUCUACCGUGCGGCGAUCGGUUGCCGCGGAGAUGUUUCGGGCUGACACGUCUUCGGCCGACGGCAGAAACCCGUGGAAACCGCGCAUGAAUAGUCUCUCUUUGGCACCUAGGGUAGAUCUCUAACAACCUCCAGGGAAAAUCUUGACGCGGAAUUAACAUCGUGAUUGUUCUUCGUGGUAGAUACAAUAAUAAACAAAGGUCUCAUGAUGUAGUCACUUUUGUCGGAGAAAACACAACGGGGAAAUGAGAAAGCGGAUCGCGAAGGUAACUAUUUCUCUGUCUCGCAGAAACAGUGAACAUUGACAUGCAGCAACCACAACCGACUGCGGUGAUACAAAUAGUAAUGUGCAAAAAAUCACCUUUUAAUUAUAACCUGAAGAAAACUCCUCAGCAGUUGAAAGGUCGCCAUAUACAUCUCAGGUAAUUACGUCGUGAGACAUAUAUUAAUCUUUUUGCAGCGACUGGUUACCCUUGACUACCCUUGAAUUGUCAUUCUCUCUCUCACUAUAGCAAAGUAUAAAAAAAACAUAGUUUUCUCGUAGCUUUCAUGUAAAAGAAAUCGUAGAGCUCAUGGCAAAAAUUUGAUAAGAAAACUAGAACAAUCUUCUUUGGGGUCUCCAUUUACGAGUAUAUUAUAUACACUUCCCGCUGUAAUCAAAGGUCUCGAAUAUACAGGAAAACUAAUUCAUCAACAGCGUCUUACGUCGAUUUUCACCAGAAUCUGAGAAAAUCGUAAAUACGGUUCUAAAUGCUCGUUUUUGUGAGCAUGUUAAACAAUAGCAAUUCCCGAGUUGCCCCAAGCUUCUGUUUGAAAACGAGGCUAAGUGCGAAGCCAUUGCUGAUACGAAAUGAUUUUUAUUCUCAUGCAAAUAAACCGAAUUUUCACAAGAAAGGCUUGGCACUUAGCCUCAUUUUGAAAGUGAGAGUUUUGGAACUCGGGAAUGGCCUAUUGUAUCAACUUAAGGCCGCAGUGAAUAUUCAUACUAAUCAGGUUAAAAAGCAAUAUUUUCACGUAGUUUAGAGAACUUCGUACACCUUCAAACUAUUAUAUCCACAGGGAAAACCAGUUGUUAUUACUAAUACCUAAGAGCUAGAAUUCAAAAAAUAGAAAAUGAUAUUGAUCUUUCCAUGCUAUUUCUUAUUGUAAAAUUCAAGCCACUCUACUCGUUGUCAUCACUGCUAGUCACCGGGCACUUAAUAAUGUGAUCUGAGUGAACAGGGCUGUCCGGCAGAUAUUCACAGGCAUACCAACCGAACUAAUUGGGUAAUUUCUUUGUUUAAGAGUAAAGCUGUGGAAAUUGUUGCACAGCAGAUGGUCACAGACCUACCAUCCUCGUUUGAGCGGAGCUUUAUGGAUUUAGCUGGUGUUGGUAUGGCUCGUAAAGCUGCUAAAGACUGCUACAGAUCGUCAGGUCUUACCCCUCAAGAUGUCGACGUACUUGAGGUGCACGAUUGCUUUUCCUGUAACGAGGUUAGUUGUCUACUGUGAAUAUUAUUUUCUUUCUUUGGAAACAUAAUUUUAAAAUAAAAAAGAAGAAAAAACUGAUUGACCUUGACUUUGUAGGGGUUGGCACAAUUGCUGGUAAACCACUAGUUUAUAUUGUAGCCCACAAAAAUGGACAAAAACAAAAUAUAAAUACAGUGAUAUUGAAAUAAACAGAGCAGGUACUGCUUAUGCCAAUUGGACGGAGGCAAACCAGUUGGCCAUUAAUCCUUUCAGCCCUAAGAGUAAUCAGCAUCAAAUUUCUCCUUGCAAUAUCAAUUCUUUGUAAAACAGAGUGGUCAUGAGAAUUACGGACAUGAUCACACAAGAUGAAUUUGCUUGAUAGUUUAUCAACUUCUCCCCACUACUUCUGUAGGAAAUGAAUAGAGGCAACAAAUGAGAAUUCAUAUUUUGAUUUUGGGGUUUAAAGGGUUAGCAAGCAAUGCCGAGGAGUUGAACUUGGACCUUCCGAGAACAAAUUUAGUCAGCGGUUAGAGCGAAACUUGAAAUUUGGACCUCCAGAUUUUCAAGUCCAGCACGCAAACCGCUCGGCCAAGCUUUCGUGUCUCGGAGCAACGGCCUUUGACCUGCGUUGUUUCAGUGUCUUCCUCAGUCGUGUGGUGUGGUCUGAUUUAGCGGUCACGAGAUUGUCAAUAUUGUGUGGGAUAAAUAGUUUGUGUGACUUAGUCAUGUUAAGGAGAAACGAGAGUUGCCAGUUUCAAUGUCAAGCGGUGUGAGAAAUAAUGCCGGCAACAAACUCGAGCUAUUACGUCCAAUUUGGUAGCUUAUUAAUUUCUUUGGAUCGUUGCACGAAAAUCUCUUCCAGAUUAAGCGCGCACCGUUUUUCUAACUUUUUUGACACAUUAAUCAAAGCAUAUUGAGAAUAUUGGCGGUAGGUCUGAUUUGUUUUGCUCGUGACCCAACUGAAUAAAAAUUAAGUUCAAUGUUCACAUGCCAUGUCUACAUUUUAUUGCAGCUCUUCAUGUACGAAGCUAUGGGACUUUGUCCACCCGGAAGGGGUGGAGACCUAAUUGACUCGGCAAAAUGGGUUCCCAAUAAAAAAGGUAACAUUUUUUAAAACUGAAUUUUUCCAUUUUAUUUUUGAAAUUAAAAAAUAACUUCAAAGGUCAGUAAAAGUCAUUAGAGUCGUUAAUGAGGACGCGCUGGUCCCCAGAAGUCUUUGCGAAAGUUAACUGGUCCCAGUUUCCCUCUUGUUUGUAAAGUGGCAGGUAUUUGUUUUGUCUGUGUAGGUGGAGCAGUUUGUCGUGUUGGAGGAAGAUGGGUAGUGAAUCCCUCAGGAGGAUUAGAGUCAAAAGGUGAGUGAGAUUCUUUAAACAUACUACAUAAAGCCGUUGGCCGUUGCCUCAAGGAAACAAAACCAUAUCCAGUUUUUUUGAGACAACUUCUGAGGUCAGUGAGCAUGUGUACGACGUCACCGUGAUAGGGUAACUGCGUCUACAUGGUAACCUUACACAAGGACGAAGAUCGGUUGGAUAUUUUCCUAGUCGCUGUACGGUGUUUUCCCUCGGUCAAUUCGCUCUGGUGACGUAUCCGAGUCGAACGGGCGGGAAUUAACUCACUUCACUCACUUCUUCGCGGUUCGGACUACAUGGCCCGAAACGGCCCGAAACGCAUUGGCCGCGCGGUAUAAUGAAGCCUAGGGACUAGACAAGGUGGAUAACACAUUAAAGAUUUGUGAAAGCUUCCAUCUGAUGUGCAGUUUUUAAAGUUGAUCUCGUUUGGAUCGUAAAAGUUGUAUUUGAUAUUCAUUUUUCUUUUUAGGUCAUCCAAUUGGUGCCACCGGACUGGCUCAGUGUGCUGAGCUCAAUUGGCAGGUGGGUGUCCUGUUUUUGGUUACUUGAAGCUGUCCGCUGCUACUUUAUUCCAGACGCAAUGGCGUAAAUCUUAAUGGCGUAAAUCAGUUUACUUUUUUAUGGCUAAGCCUGCUGGAAAUCAGAAACCAAGAAAAAAUCUCUAUUUUCAUUUGUGGCGUCCAGCGGUUUUAGUGAUAACAAGGGUUUGGGCGGGGUGCUCUGUCUUGCGGGCUGAUAAAUCCUGGUCUCGUUCAUUCUUAUCUAAGGAUUUUCUGUCUAACGCAAAGACUGUUUGAAAUUCCCUUUUCUUAUUCAAGUGCAUGUAUCUGUUCUGUUGUAGCUAAGAGGUGAGGCUGGCAAGCGGCAGGUUGAGGGAGCGACAGUUGCCUUACAACAUAACUAUGGCAUCGGAGGAGCAGCUGUUGUUACAAUGUACAGAAGAUACAAGCCAGCCUUUCAAAAUGCCAAAUUAUAGCAUUGUUUAGGAGCGCAGUUAGUGCCGGUCGAUAGCUGCAAAUCAUGCAAGAAACCACAAUUAUCAACUUCUGAAGGGCGAUUUCUUCUUGCUGCAUUGCUUGGCCCUCUGUGCCUUACUGGCGUUUCUGUGAGACUGUCACACCCAACUGAUAAUGCCCAAAUCGCCUUAUUCCUCAUGCUGUUUCGCCUCCUCCGUGAAACUUUUGUUUGGGUCUGGCUCGCACCCCUCUCAGUCUGUCUUCAUCGUGAAACCUCAAAGUCGGCGGUGAUAACAUACCGAGCUUUGAUCUAGUUUUGGUGGUUCUUAAAAGAGCUUGUUUUUCCCUUUUUCUGAACUUUGGAAUC